AUGGGCGGCCCGGCUGCGGCGCGGACCGGCGCCGGGGGGCUCCGCACGCUGUUGCUGGCGCUGGUGGCCGCGGGGGUCCCGGCCGGCGCCUACAACCUCGACGCGCAGCGCCCGGUGCACUUCCAGGGCCCCGCGGGCUCCUUCUUCGGCUACGCGGUGCUGGAGCACUUCCACGACAACACGCGCUGGGUCCUUGUGGGUGCACCGAAGGCAGAUUCUAAAUAUAGCACUUCAGUAAAGUCCCCUGGAGCUGUGUUUAAGUGUCGUAUCCAUACCAACCCUGACCGGAGAUGCACCGAGCUGGACAUGGCUCGAGAGAAGACUCGUGGUGCGAUUUGUGGGAAGACCUGCAGGGGAGACCGGGAUGAUGAGUGGAUGGGGGUGAGCCUGGCCCGGCAGCCCAAAGCAGAUGGCCGCGUUUUGGCCUGUGCCCAUCGUUGGAAGAACAUCUACUACGAAACAGACCACAUCCUGCCCCACGGAUUCUGCUACCUCAUCCCUUCCAACCUCCAGGCCAAAGGCAAGGUGCUGAUCCCCUGCUACGAAGAGUAUAAGAAGAAGUAUGGAGAGGAACAUGGCUCCUGUCAGGCUGGCAUAGCAGGCUUCUUCACUGAGGAGCUGGUGGUCAUGGGUGCCCCAGGCUCAUUUUAUUGGGCUGGGACACUCAAGGUGCUGAAUCUCACAGACAACACAUAUUUUAAGCUGAAUGAUGAAGCAAUUGUGAACAGACGGUAUACUUAUCUGGGCUAUGCAGUGACUGCCGGCCAUUUCUCUCACCCAUCUGUCACUGAUGUGGUAGGCGGUGCCCCACAGGAUGAAGGCAUUGGAAAGGUCUAUAUAUUUAGAGCUGACCGAAGAUCAGGGACCUUAAUAAAGAUCUUUCAGGCAUCAGGGAAAAAGAUGGGCUCUUACUUCGGCUCCUCCUUGUGUGCAGUCGACCUGAACAUGGACGGACUCUCUGACCUGCUCGUGGGGGCCCCCAUGUUUUCUGAGAUCAGGGAUGAGGGGCAGGUUACCGUCUACCUCAACCAAGGACACGGAGCCCUUGAGGAACAUAUGACCCUGACCGGAGAUGCUGCCUACAACGCACACUUUGGGGAGAGCAUCGCCAGCCUGGGUGACCUUGAUGAUGAUGGGUUCCCAGAUGUGGCUGUCGGUGCACCUAAGGAGGAUGACUUUGCUGGUGCAGUCUAUAUCUAUCAUGGUGAUGCCAAUGGGAUUGUCCCCCAGUACUCAAUGAAGCUGUCUGGGAAGAAGAUAAACCCGACCCUGCGGAUGUUUGGACAGUCCAUAUCAGGGGGCAUUGAUAUGGAUGGUAAUGGCUAUCCUGAUGUCACCAUCGGAGCCUUCCUGUCCGACAGCGUGGUUCUCCUCAGGGCCAGACCGGUCAUCACUGUGGAUGUUUCCAUCUUCCUGCCGGGCUCCAUCAACAUCACAGCGCCUCAGUGUCAUGACGGACAGCAGCCCGUGAACUGCCUGAACGUCACCGCGUGCUUCCGAUUCCAUGGCAAGAACGUACCAGGAGAAAUCGGUCUGAACUACAAUCUGACGGCUGAUGUGGCGCAGAAGGAGAAGGGCCAGCUGCCCAGAGUCUAUUUUGUGUUGCUGGGAGAGACUGCAGGGCAGGUCUCAGAGAGGCUGCAGCUGACACACAUGGACGAGGUGUGUCAUCACUACGUGGCCCACGUCAAGCGGAGAGUCCAGGAUGUCAUCAGUCCCAUUGUGUUUGAAGCUGCCUAUAGCCUGGGUGAGCACGUGAUUGAUGAGGAGGACCGGGAGCUGCCAGAUCUGACACCAGUGCUUCGCUGGAAGAAGGGACAAAGGAUCGCCCAGAAGAAUCAGACAGUUUUUGAAAGGAAUUGCCGAUCUGAGGACUGUGCUGCUGACCUGCAGCUCCAGGGGAAACUGCUGCUUUCCAGUGUUGAUGAGAAGACCCCACACCUGGCUUUGGGGGCUGUGAAGAAUAUCUCUCUAAACAUCUCCAUCUCCAACCUUGGAGAUGAUGCCUAUGAUGCCAACGUGUCCUUCAACGUCUCCAGGGAACUCUUCUUCAUCAACAUGUGGCAGAAGGAGGAGAUGGGCAUUUCCUGUGAGCUGCUGGAAUCGGACUUCCUCAAGUGCAGUGUGGGGUUUCCUUUCAUGAGGUCAAAGUCUAAGUAUGAAUUCAGUGUCAUCUUUGAUACAAGCCACCUGUCUGGGGAAGAGGAAAUUCUCAGCUUCAUUGUGACUGCUCAGAGCGGCAAUACGGAGCGCUCCGAAGCCCUGCAUGACAACACUCUCACACUGACAGUGCCACUGGUGCAUGAAGUGGACACAUCCAUCACUGGAAUUGUGUCUCCAACGUCCUUUGUGUAUGGCGAGUCUGUGGACGCCUCCAACUUCAUUCAGCUGGAUGACCAGGAGUGUCAUUUCCAACCAGUCAACAUCACUCUCCAGGUCUAUAACACCGGCCCCAGCACCCUUCCUGGAUCGUCCGUCAGCAUCUCCUUCCCCAGCCGGCUGUCACCUGGUGGCGCAGAGAUGUUUCAGGUCCAGGGCAUGGUGGUAAGUCCUCCAUCCGUGUCCUAUGUCGGCUUCAGCUGUGAGCUGCCUGUUUGA